AUGUCCUCCUCUCCCAGCCCAAGGCUCAGCUCGCCAUUGCCCUCCACGCCUGGACGCUACGGUGGCGUGCCACUGCGCGAGUCCACCCCUGGCACGACAGACAGCAACUUGCGCAGUCGAUUCUUUGGAUCACGCUUUGGAGAUGCUGAGCCUACUCCAGGUGAUGCGUCGCCCACGUCCACAACCCUGAGUUCUGUGUUCAACCGCUCGAGCAUCCCCUUAUCCGCUUCCUCUGCACUGUCCUCAAAUUUCGACAACCCGAAGAGAAAGAUCACUAUCCGCGCCGAUCCUACCCUCGUCACCUGCUUUGACACGGCGGACAAAGAGUUGUACGAUCUAUGGGCACCGAAACGCUGA